CUCCCCGAGGUGGUGUACCGGGAGCUGGAGCAGGACACCCCGGACGCCCCGCCUCGCCCCACCUCUUACUACAGGUACAUUGAGAAGUCGGCAGAGGAGCUGGAUGAGGAGGUGGAGUACGACAUGGACGAGGAAGAUUACAUCUGGCUGGACAUCAUGAACGAGCGGCGGAAGACUGAAGGCGUGAGCCCCAUUCCCCAGGAGAUCUUUGAGUACCUGAUGGACAGGCUGGAGAAGGAGUCCUACUUCGAGAGCCACAACAAGGGGGAUCCGAACGCCUUGGUGGAUGAGGAUGCUGUCUGCUGCAUCUGCAACGACGGGGAGUGUCAGAACAGCAACGUCAUCCUCUUCUGCGACAUGUGCAACCUGGCCGUGCAUCAGGAGUGCUACGGGGUGCCCUACAUCCCCGAGGGACAGUGGCUCUGCAGACGGUGCCUGCAGUCGCCCUCACGAGCCGUGGACUGUGCCCUCUGCCCCAACAAGGGGGGGGCCUUCAAGCAGACGGACGAUGGGCGCUGGGCACACGUGGUCUGUGCCCUCUGGAUCCCGGAGGUUUGCUUUGCCAACACCGUCUUCCUGGAGCCCAUCGACAGCAUCGAGCACAUCCCGCCCGCGCGCUGGAAGCUGACCUGUUACAUCUGCAAGCAGCGUGGCUCGGGGGCUUGUAUCCAGUGUCACAAAGCCAACUGCUACAACGCCUUCCAUGUCACCUGCGCCCAGCAGGCCGGGCUGUACAUGAAGAUGGAGCCCGUCCGGGAGACGGGGGCCAACGGUACCUCCUUCAGCGUGCGCAAAACCGCCUACUGCGACAUCCACACGCCGCCGGGCUCCGUGCGCAGGCUUCCCGCCCUCUCCCACAGCGAGGGGGAGGAGGAGGAUGAAGAGGAGGAGGAGGAGGGGAAGGGAUGGAGCUCUGAGAAAGUUAAAAAAGCGAAGGCCAAGUCUAGGAUCAAGAUGAAGAAGGCACGGAAGAUCCUGGCGGAGAAGCGAGCUGCGGCGCCUGUGGUUUCUGUGCCCUGCAUCCCCCCGCACAGGCUCAGUAAGAUUACAAACCGUUUAACCAUCCAGAGGAAGAGCCAGUUCAUGCAGAGGCUGCACAGCUACUGGACUCUGAAGAGACAGUCCCGGAACGGUGUCCCCCUGCUCCGCCGCCUCCAGACACACCUGCAGUCACAAAGAAACUGUGACCAGAGAGACACUGAGGAUAAGAACUGGGCCCUGAAGGAGCAGCUGAAGUCAUGGCAGCGCCUCCGCCAUGACCUUGAGAUCAAAGUGCAGCAGGUGGCACUGGAAAUGCAGCUGACCCCCUUCCUCAUCCUCCUCCGCAAGACGCUCGAGCAGCUGCAGGAGAAGGACACGGGCAACAUCUUCAGUGAGCCGGUCCCUCUGUCUGAGGUAACAGAAAUCUACGAAGUCCCAGACUACCUGGAUCACAUCAAGAAGCCGAUGGAUUUUCAGACGAUGAAACAAAACCUGGAAGCCUAUCGCUAUCUAAAUUUUGACGACUUUGAGGAGGAUUUCAACCUGAUUAUCAACAACUGUUUGAAAUACAACGCCAAAGACACAAUCUUCUACCGGGCAGCGAUCCGCCUGCGGGAGCAGGGAGGUGCCGUUCUCCGGCAGGCUCGCCGGCAGGCGGAGAAGAUGGGCAUUGACUUUGAGACAGGCAUGCACUUCCCUCACUGCGUCACGGUGGAAGAGGCUCAGGUCCAGGACAUCGAGGACGAAGAUGUGCGGCUGCUGCUCUCGGAGAAUCAGAAGCACCUGCCUUUGGAGGAGCAGCUGAAGAUCCUGCUGGAGCGGCUGGAUGAGGUCAAUGCUGGCAAGCAGAGCAUAGGACGGUCCCGCCGGGCCAAGAUGAUCAAGAAGGAGAUCACAGUCCUACGGCGGAAACUCGCUCACCCACGGGAGGUGGGCCGAGACGGGCUGGAGCGGCACGGCUCCUCUGCCAGGGGAGUCCUGCAGUCACACAACCCCUGCGAGAAGGACCUGCAGACAGACAGCGCUGCAGAAGAGAGCAGCAGCCAGGAGACAGGCAAAG